AUGUGUCACGCCUUGAGUGUCAUUGAGUGUAUUCAACGUACUUUCUUAAUGUUAUUAAACGUCAACAAACACACUAUGUACAAUCGUAAGAUUACAGAACAGCGUGAACGUUAUGGUGGAACCUCGCGUCUGGAAAACGAACGAAGAGAAGAAGCUCGUCGUAGACUGAUGAGAAAGUUCCGGGAGGAUAACUUGACCAGCAAUGAAGUCGAAGAUGAUGGCCAUGACGAAGAAAAGAGGGCUAUAAGACGGCCUAGAAAGAGAAAAGAAUGUGAGAAGGAAGAAGUCGAGGAGAGGCUAAACGAUGAGGUCCAAAGGGCUUCAAAAAUAGGAAAAAAAGCUAAGAAGUAUAUGGUUAUGGCUGCUGACUACGACUACAACUUUGAUGUAGUCGAUACCCCAAUUCUUUAG